AUGCCUGACAUCGACAUCUCUGCCACUGCUAUCAAUAGCUUCCUAGAAGCGCUGCCCAAGUCGACUCUCGACUCGGCACCGCCCACCCACCUUCCCAGCGCGCUCCCACUGUCCUUCCCGACCGACCUGCACCAGCUCAACCUACUCUCAACUCUGCACCUUGUCAAUGCUGCAUUCUCCCAGCCAGCACACCGCGCGUACUUUGCGGCGGAGGGCGGGACUCCAGGCGACACUGCCCUCCGCGGGGUGCUCGGCAUGUACCUCGCCUCGGACGCUGACUGGGGGUCGAGCAACCUUCUCUCCGCCAAGUGCUGGGCUAGCGGCGAGCUGAACCAGACCAAGAUCGCCGAGUUUUUCAGCAUCUCGGUCUUCAAGGAGCGCGAGCACGAGACCAUGCCCGGCGUGCGCGUCGGAGAGCGGUGGCCGCCAGCGCUCGCUGUCGCAGACGAGCUUGUCAACCUUCUCCAGGUUCUAGGCAGCCACAUCAAAAGCCAGUGUCUCGGCGAAGAGGUCCUCGCCGCGCUCGGCGCUGCUAAAUCGCAAGCGACUGGUCAGGCCGACGACGGCCUCGCGUUCGCGAAGGAGUUCUGCAGCAAUGCUGUAUCUCUUGUUCCAAUCCUUGCCGAUCCGUAUCCGGCCCCCCCUGGCACAGUUCUCCCGGCCGCGCCUCUGUGCCUUCUGCAGGACCUCGCACAUCAGUUUGGCCCCUCUAGUCAAACAGUGCCCCUCCCUACUACCUCGGCGCUCGCGAAUGUCUCACCAUUGCCCCUCCCUGCAGAGCUAUUACUUCACCUCGGUAUCCUGGAGCCGUCGAGCACCCUGGAGGGCGGUGAGGAGUUGCGGCAUGCCACAGGCGACUGGUGGGCUGGGAAAAGUGUCGACGUAUUUUCGCUGCCGCCCAACGACGACACACACAAGGCGCCCAAAGUGAUCAAAAUUCCACGUGCCACGCUCGAUGCGCUUUCUCAGGCAAGCGUAGACGCGUGCCGUGAGAUCGUAACGCACGCCCGAUCCUUGGGGGGCGACGAGUGGAAGAGCCACCUUUCCAUGCUUGAUGUGUCGCGCCUGUUCGGAAGUCUGAGUGGGAUCCUGGACGCACAUGGCCUGGGAGUACGGCUCGUCGUCUAA